AUGGCAGCCAGGUUGACGACUUUACUGGGACAAUCGAGACGAGACAUAUAUAUUCUGUACACCCGUGUUUCUGUGUAGUGUGUCCUAUGGCUGUUACAUAUUUUACUGGUCGGUAAUUAGCGAUAUAUUGAAGUAUCCGGAGUAUAGAACGCUAAAACACUACAAACUUCAGUGGGAAUAUCAGCCAAAAACUCUCAUACUGUUCUUUGUGAUCGUGUAUCUCCUUACAUGUUUUCUCGUCUGUUCUCUAUAUAUCAUGGUAUCGCCCAUAAUCAUCAGAUGCUGGAGCCAUAUAAGAAAAUAUUGUCCAAUCAAAAUGAAAAGAAGAACUUUCUGCUUCUGCAACUUUGCUCGAAGAAGAUUGGUCAAGAUUCUGAAGUCAAUUCACGAAACUCAAACCAAAUGGCAGCCACUUACUGCUGGAAAUCUAGAUGAACAGACAAAGACCUGCAUUAUGUUAAUAAAAAAUGAAACAUGUGCAACACUGGAAUGUAGCCAGUUGGACUAUGCAUUGGUGGGCAGUUCUGCAGAGGGUCUAGGGAAGUCCUAUGUCCUUGACCUUAAAAACAGUUACAGAGAUCAAUGGUGUCGAUUCCUCUUACGUUUUUUCUGUUGUUGUCUCCCCUGCAAUACCUCAUUUUCGUGUUUACGUACUGACAUUGACAUCAUCAUGAAAUAUAAUGACGGGCACUUACAGAUCUCGGAUGGAAUGUCUGUGAAGGCAGAAAGAAAAUUGCAAUCCCACAGCAAAAGGAAAAUUAAUUCAACAGAUUCUUCUUUGGUUCUGUUUAAACUAGAAGAAUGUGUAAAUUCCUCAGGAUUUACUAAAAUUGUUGUUAACACAAGUCUGUCGGAAACUCUUGUAGAACCUUGGCAGACAUUCAGCAAAUCUUUAAAUGGCACGACCUAUCUUUCAUCAUCCAUGAUCAGAAAAGCUGUUUUUGACUCUGUGAACUCUGUAGAUGAAAACAGCCUACCUGCGUCACGCAUUUUUGGACCUCUGAAACACCCUCCCUACAUAGAACUUGACACAAAAGGGCCAGCAGUUAAAUUGACUCUGUCUCCUAUUGGACAAGCAUGGUACUGGAAUGAAAAUCAAAAAUUUGUUAUUUUUGAAGCUGACCUUGUGUUUGGUAUUCACUGUCAUAAAAAAUGGCCACCAUGUGCACAAAAAUGGUUUUCUCGUCCUCGUUUCUGGCCAACUGCUACUGACGUCAAACACCUGUCAGAAAGCGGAUAUGUUCUGGUUGCAAAAUCCUCCAAAACUUCCCAAGGUCAAGAGAACGACCUUGAAUGGCUAGUAUCUUUUCCCCACUGUGAGACCUACCUUGGUUGUCGCAUACCACAAGUGGCAAGAGCUUGUUAUCUGGCCCUGAAAAUCGUCCUCAAGGAUCAUCUCAUGUACAUUUGUGAGGGACUCAAAACAUACCAGCUCAAAACUGUACUCUUCUGGGAACUUGAAAAGCAUCCAAUGGAAUUCUGGGAAAUUGGAAACAUUGAAGAAUGCUUUCUGUGUUUGUUCGACUCUUUUAAAGCAUGCAUAGAGAGAAGGCAUUGUCCUAGUUACUGGAUUGAGAACCACAAUUUAUUACAUGACUGUGAGGUACACGAGUUAGCAGAACUUUUAUUUGCCCUAAAAAGGAUCAGGUCAAAUCCAGCUCCAUAUGUAGAAGAUCUCGGAAGUAUGUGGUGUUAACAAUUCACAUAGCCAGUGAUGUAUAAAGACGUCUAUAUACGUCAAUGAUUUGACACAUAAAAUCUGUAACUUUCUGAUCAUAUAACUUGUGUUAGUACAGGGAAACCCCACACACAAGUUUGAGAUGUUUUUAACAACCAGUGACAAAAAUCUCCGUGUCAGACCAUGACUGCAGGUCUGCAAUCAAUUUCUUUGUUGUUGAUGAUGAUGAUGAUGAUGAUGAUGAUGUGUUGAAGUGUUGAAUUUUCUUGAACAGAAAUCAAAUAAAUUAUAAAUUAUAUCCAUAUAUGCUAUCAAAUACCUUUGAAGUUCUUUCUGCUUUAUGAAUUAAUACUUGUUUUGUUGUCAAAUUGAAGAUUAAACUAAAUAA